AUGUUCCGUUCAUCAGACGACAUCGUGCCCAGCCUGAUCUCACCUCCCAGCACCCCACCUAAGAAAAUCGCAACUCCAUAUAAGAUUGGCAGGCGCUUCACUGCACAACGCCACCUGCCUUCGUCCCUGGAAUGUACGAGCAACUUCCCGAGAGAAGGAACGUUUGGCGACAGUCUCAAAGAUGCCUCGCAGUUGGACUGGUGCCUAUCGCAUCCUCCAAACACUCGAGGAACACUAAUGGAUGAGUACCGCACCAUUGAGAUUGAACACUUGGUCCGCACCGGCGAUGAAUGCGGCGCCCAAAUCGUCCUCUUGCGAAACGGACUGAUUGCAAAAAUCUACGAUCCACUCUUCUACAACUUCCACUACGACUACGACUGGGCACCGCCGAAGAACCCGAAAAAGCGCAAUGUGACACUGAUUGCAGAUAACGAAUACAUUGCCGAGACGGCAGCGUACCUCGAACUCCAAAAGACGACGGGUGCAAUCGGCGUCAUCACGCCCGCUUUCCAUGGCUCUUGGAUCUUCAAUGUACCCGUAGCAGGCCGGAGUGGCUCUCGUCGAGUGCAAAUGAUCCUUCUAGAACACGUCAUAGGCACGAGCAUGCGCGACAUGAAUCCCCAAGCGCUGCUGGACGGUGAGCGUGAGAACAUCAUGGCCAAGGUCAUUGAAGCGGAAUCCGAUCUCGUCGUGGCCGGGAUACGUCACUUGGAUUUCGAGGCACGCAAUAUUAUACUGUCGCGUUUGACGCCAUCGUCGGGCCACAGGGUUCCUGCUAACAUGGCACCGUUUGCUGAUCCUGACUUGCGCGUGUGCAUCAUCGAUUUCGCACUAUGUGUCAUCUUGCCGAAUGUCGGGGACGAGCCGUCGUCGUUUCAAGUUCAUAACCCGCUGUUUUCCUGGGGCGGUCAACCUCUCUGGAGUAAUUUGGGAUGGCUACCGCCCUCUGAAGAAGCAGAGGAAUGGAUGUGGGGUUUGUGGGGAGAGGGCGGCAAGGAUGGGAAAUAUGUUGCAGUAGAGACGGAUCCGAGGAGCUCUACUGUCGUAGUCAAAAGAAGUAGUCUCUAA